AUGGCUCUUCAACUUCGCAAUCGUAUUUUUACACAAAUGACAACCAAUUUACUUCGUUCUACGGCAAAACCAAUUCCUAUGAAUAUCGAUGAUGAUCCAGAACACGAAGCUGAUCAACCACUUUACAUUCAAGUACCAAAAAAUAGACAGCCAUUAACAACAGUUUCAAUGCAAAAAAAACUUGCAAGAUCAAAUGUAUCAAUAUCAACCAGUUUAUCAAAUCCUAUUAGUGUUCGUUAUGCUCAUACGGAUAUUCAGAUACCCAAUUUCGAUUAUUAUCGUAGAAAAGACAGACGCGAUCCAAAUAAAUCCUAUCGUGAUUCUGGUGAUGCUACAUCACCGUUUUCUUAUCUCGCACCGAUGGGUAUUGCCAUUACAUCGGCAAUGGUAGCAAAAUAUUCUAUUCGUACGAUAGUCGAUUAUGUUGGACCGGCCAAAGAUAUUUUAGCUGUGGCAAAAAUUGAAAUACCGUUAGAUGGAGUACCUGAAGGCAAAAAUGUUGUAUUUGAAUGGAGAGGAAAACCAGUGUUUGUUCGUCAUCGUACUCCCGAAGAGAUUAUGCGUGAACAAGGUGUUGAUGUUAGCCAAUUAAGACAUCAACAAGCAGACGGAGAUAGAGUGAAAAAACCUGAAUGGCUAAUUGUCAUUGGUAUUUGUACACAUUUAGGGUGUAUUCCGGUGGCUAAUGCUGGUGAUUUUGGAGGCUAUUAUUGUCCUUGUCACGGCUCGCAUUAUGACGCAUCUGGACGUGUACGAAAAGGACCAGCGCCAUUAAAUUUAGAAGUACCCGAAUAUAAAUUUAAAGAUGAAAAUACUAUAGUUAUCGGCUAA